GUUUAUGCGGCCAAGUGUUUGUCACUUUCCACCGACAGAGGGCAGCAAAGUGCGCGAAGAGCGGUUCGUCAAAAGGAAGACGUAAACAUUACGAAGAAGAAAAAUAGUUCCGCAUAGUCACAGGUUUUUCUUUCCCCUGUCAGGCAGGAGACUCACUGCACUGUGGUUCUCCGGUUUGGUCACAACAUGGCAAGGCUAAAAGAGAAAAGGCGAGAGAAAAUCAGCGUCGCCUCCGAGAUUGAUCGUCUGGAGGAGCAGCGGGUGCGUUGCCAGGACAACUUAGAGAGGGCGGAGUUCAAGAGCAGGAAGGAGAAGCUCUCUGAAAAGCAGAGACAAGAUCUGGAGGAUGAAAUGACCAUCAUGAAUGAGAGGGUGCAGAAGCUAGACAAGGAGCUGGAGAUGUUACGAGGUGAAAACCGGAGGAACAUGUUGCUGUCAGUCGCUCUGCUGGCUAUCAGUGCUUUCUUCUACUACGGGUUUUUCUACAACACAGACAAGUCAUAAAACCACACUAAAAAUGGGACCCAUGAUUCUGCAAAGAGCAUCAAACUCAAAGCCAUCUUGGUACAGGGACACGGUUGUGAACACAUGAAAAGGCCCAGCAGACAAAGAAAAUGAAUUCUGGUUAUGCCUUUAUAUAUUUGACCUCUGUACACUUGUAACACUAUUCUUCAUCUGAAUGUUUACCUUAUGCUGCCUUCCAUUUGCCUCAGAUGUCCGAGCUGGGAGUGACAUCAACCCUGAGUUAGUAAGGUAACAAAAGUAAGGAAAUGUGAGAUUUGUUUUGCCUUUUAGCACUUAAAAAAACAUUGCUCUGCAUGUGACUUUUUUAGCAAGUCGCAGAAACAUAAUAGUAAUAGUACAAAUUACAAGUGUUGCAGUUUUGGUUGCGGAUGCUUCGACUUUCUAAGUCUGACAGGAAACAUCAAAUGAAAGCAGCAUCGUGCUCCUAACAAACCACCAUGUACUUGCUGUAUUUUGCGCAACAUGUCAAAUAGAUACUUUAUCAAGCAGUGCCGGACAAGUCUGCUUUUCAGACUUUUCAGUAAGUGUUUGUAUGCAUGGUACACAGUAUUUGUGCAGUUAAAUGCAUGAAAAUAUUUGAUAUUUGUGCCCUUUGUAUUGUCAUUAAGUCAAAGGCCGAGCCUGGAGAUUUUUUUCUUUCCUUUUAUCGAUACUCAUGCUGGUCGUACACCUACCUCCUAAUAACUGCGCUUCCAGAAAUGGCCAACAUGCUCACAAAUGUCCUUUGAAAUAUGACUGUACACAGUUAUGCUCUGAAAUUUGGAUUUUUUAAAUAAUUGAUCUGUUUAAA